AAACCGCCACCAUUACGGAAAGAAUUGUGAUAAAACUCUCGAAAAAGAGAUACGAAAUGUCCAAGUCGAACGCCGAUUUUAGUGCGUUCGACUUCAAUGAAAGCUCUGAUAAUUCCGAUGGGGAAACACGUGGGCCGUUUGUGAGACGUUCUGCUGCAGCUGCGGCUGCGGCAAACAACACUGGCAGCAACAAAAAUAGCAUUGCUCACAAGAACAGCGGCAGCAGCAACAAUAACAACAGCAAUAACAGAAAGAGCUCAGGACAUAAUAACAAUCAGCAUAACAAAGUCAAUAGUGCUUCCAACAGCAGUGCUUCAAGCAGCGAAGAUGAGGGCGAAGAGGAGGAAGAAGAGGAGGAGGCUAAUGAAGAUGAUGAGGAUGAAAAUAUUUCAUCAGCGGAACAACAGCCGUCACAGCAGCAGCAACAGCAACCUCUUACCAAUGGAACACAACGCACCACUGAUCCACCCGAUGAUGAGGACAACAAUAGCAACAGUAGUGCCAGCAGUACCAGUUCUAGCGGCAGCAGUACUAACGACACUCGGGGCAAUGCUGGACUUGGUCCACUUGGUACCAAUGGCAGCAAUGCUCAACAGUCUCAUAACUCAGAGGCCUUGUUAAUGGCCGCCAUAGGUGCCAGCAAUGUUCCACAAAACCACUCGCCAACAACACAAACAACGUCAGGAGGUGGAGACGGGGGAGGAGUAGUGGGGACCGCCUCAGCAUCUUCACCAUCAUCUGUGUCACCAUCAGGCCAACAACAUUCAAAUGGUUUACCAGAUUCUUCGGCAGCAACCGCCAAUAUUGAUGGCAAUGCCCGUGAUGGUAGCCUUGGUGUUGGUGGUGGUGGCAGUGGUGGUUUAGCCUCUGGCCUAACAAACGAAUCCAACAACUCCUCGCACUACCAAAACAAUUGCAAUGUGAACAGUUUACUUGAUUCGGCACUGGCUGCUGCCGCCAACAAUCAUCACAGCCAGAACAAUGGCCAUUCGAAUGCUAGCAACAGCAAUUGCAACGAAUUGAUACGCAGCAAUAGCAGUGCCAGUUUAAGUAAUGCCAGUCAUGUUGGCCUAAAUGCCAUCGGUGGAACUAAUGGCAGUGGUGGUGGAGGCGGUGGCGGUGUGGGUGGUGGCAGUAUUGGUGCUGGCCUCAGUCUUAGUGGUAUUGGCGGAGGAUCGAAUAGCGGGGCUGGUGGCAUUGGUAGUCUUGGUGGUGGUGGUGGCGGAGGAACUGGUGGAGGCGGCAGCCUUUGUGGUGCACCUACAUCGAUGGGUGGCGGCUCCAAUUUUCCCAUGUCAGCAUCCGAACGGAAAAAAUAUCGCCACCAGAAUUUCAGCAAAAACAUCUACAUCGGCACAAAAAAUGCUGAGAAAUGGGAAUACAUGCGAACGAGACUUCAAUUUAAAAACGAUGUGGAAUUUGUGGCAUAUCUUCUUAAUUUGGCUGAUAAUGAUACGGAACGUUUGGCAAAUUUACCACCACCAUCGACAUCGACAACACCAACCAAAUCAUUCGAUAGCAAUUUUAAAUUGGAACCCAAUCUAAGUGCCAAAGAUUUUGGUAGCAACAGUCAAACGGGUGAGAAUGGCCCCAAUAUUAGCGCCACAACACCAGGCCCCGGCAGCAGUAAAGCACCCAGCUUGGCCGGUGAUGUUGCACCACCACCAACAAAACGUAAAUACCGGAAACGAGUGCAGUUCAAUGAUAACCUGAAUGGCCUCAACAAAUUGAAAAACUUUUCCAAUUUUGCUUUGAAAGCUAAGAAACAAUUAGCUGCAGCGGGAGCCGGAGCUGGUGCUGAGAAUGCAACAGGUGAUGCAGUGCCCGAAGUUUUGGAUUGUCGUAUUGCGGAGAAAAUCAAAAGUGAAAUGGAAGAAAAGUCGGCAUCCAAAGAAUCGCUGGCCUUGUGUUUGAAGAAAGGCGAUGGCUUCGGGGAUGAUGAGGAGGACGACGACGAAGAUGCUGGUACAGCUUCUAUGACAGGGGAGACGAUUGAUAGUCUGAAUAAUGGUCCCAAUGGCAAUUUCCAUGUACGUGUCAAGGGUAAAAAGGGUGGAGCGAAAAAUAUGAAUCCACCACCACCUGCUUCGUAUUUGGACGAAUAUGAAGACUGCGGUGCUGGGUUGGAGGGUAGUGAUGAUGACGAAGAAGAUGACGAACCGGACGAAGAAACAUUGGCACGAGAAAUGAAAAAUGAGCAGAAUUUCGUCGAAGAAGAAGAUGAAUUGGAUAUAGCAUUCCGUUCGCACCAGUCAUGCCGAGAGUGUUCCAUUGCCCAUGAUUAUAAGGUGUGUCCGUUGCGUACGGCCAUUGGUACCGUUACGGAUGCUGUGGACUUGGCGGAAUGGUUGGAAAGGAAAAAUCUGGAAGCUUUGGCUAAACUCAAGGCGGAUGCUCAACGUCAAGCCAAACAAUUGCAUGGAGAUGAUGAUGAGGAUAUGGAUGAUUCGUCACAACUGUCGGAGCUUGAAACGAAACCACUGAUAACAUUCGCCGAAGCUUCGGUGCCUGCGGAAUUUGAAUUGCAUAAUGUGGAACCACAUGUAACGGGAGUGUUUUGUCGCACUGAAGUUAGGGCCUUCACCAAAUUGGGUCCACUGCGUGGACAAUCAGUACAGGCAACGGAAAUUCGAGAGGCCAGCGAUAUGAAAUGGAUUUUUGAAAUCUGCGAAGCUGGAGCUGAGAAAUCGCAAUUCCUGCUGUGUGAUAAUCCCAAUUCAUCGAAUUGGUUGCGUUACAUACGACCUGCACCAACCUACGAGGAGCGGAAUGUUAAUUUGGUCUUUAUAGAGUCGCAGGCAUAUUUUGUCACCUGUAGAGAUUUGAAAAAUGGCAUGGAACUGUUGUACUGGAGUGAUGACUGCAAUACCAUGUGGCGUAAGAAACAUUGGUCGGAGAAGACAAAUUGUGGUGGCUGCAAUUUGAAAUUUGAUCAUCCGCUCUACUAUCGCACCCAUUGUUCGAUAUUCCACGACCCGACAAUGAGCUUGACAAUACGCAAAUAUCAUUGCAAAGUUUGCGGUGAAGCCGUUCUCGGUAAAGACAACAUCAUGAAACACGCCGCCGAAAAACACGAUGGCAAGGGGGCACAUCAGUGCCAAUUCUGCAACAAGUUCUUUUUACGCAUCAGCUAUUUGGAUAUGCAUCGAACCUAUGGCUGUGUGGCCAAUCCGAAUCGUACACGGCCUAUUUGUGAUUUUUGCGGUCGCAAAUUCUAUCGACCGCAAAAACUCAAAGCCCAUAUCCGACGAAUGCACAGUGAUAUGGCUGAUUCUUUACGAGAUUUUCAGUGUAAAUUAUGUUCCAAACUUCUAGGCUCCCGAGCAGCACUGCAGCGUCACACCAAGGAGGUGCACAGUCGUAACUCGACCGUGGUCAGCUGUCCCAGAUGUCAGAAGCUAUUCCAGAAUCGUAGCAAUUUGAAGAUACACAUGUUGACACAUUCGGGUGUGAGGCCAUUUAAAUGUGCCGAGCCGGAAUGUAAUGCCGCUUUCACCACCAAACAAUGUCUGCAGUUCCACUAUAAAAAGGUACACAACUAUACCCAGGAACAAAUGCCGAAAAUUGAACGCAGUGUGGCCUAUACCUUUGAUGCCUAUUCGGGUGGUAUGAAAGUUGAUUUCCUCGAACAAGCCCCACGCCGAAGACGUAAAAGUUUGGAGGAUCAAAAUUCUGUUAUGAGUUCCAGCAUCCAAAGUGAUGCGGAAUUUUCCGAUGAUAACAUUUUCGAGGCCAUCAAAAAAUCAGGCAAAUCCAUUAAAGAUUUGUGUCGUAACGAGCCAAACCUUUCGCUGUUGUCCUCCAAAAUUUCCAGUAUCUUUGGUGAGAAGCCACCACCGCGUAAGCGUGGCCGUAAGCCGAAAGAUUAUCAUCUCAUGGAGCAGCAGGAGCAGGAACAUUUGGAACAAAUGCGACGCAAACAAAAUGCUCAACUUAGUUUGGUGGAGACAUUCCUGACCACCACUGCUCAACGUUUAACGGCCCAACAACAAGUACAACAAGUGGUGGCGGCUGCAGCUGCCGUCUCCGCCAUGACAGGAGCGGCCAAUGAAGAUGCCACCAAUAAAAUGCAUAUGAUGUCGGGAUUGAAUCCAACACAUAUGGGUAUGGGUGCGCAUCAUCAUUUGCAACAACAACAGCAACACCACGACGAAGACGAUGAUGAGGAGGAUGACGACGACGAUGAUCAAAGUCAUCAUGGCGGUCAUCCGGUUGCACCCCAUAUGGGCCAUGACAAUAACGGUUAUCGCCAUCAUCCGGGCAUGAAUGCCAUGGGUCAAAAUUUGGUUGUGAGUAAAGGCAGCAAGAAGUGGAUUAGCGGUGAUGAUCGCCAUUUGAAUCGUGACUGUGCGGUGGGUGACAUGUCAGCAUCGGUCAUGAACAGCACUGCCAAUCAAUGUGGCAUGGCGGGAGACAAUGAUAUGCCGUUGCCACCCUUCGCUGUGCCUCAAAGUAAUGCCGAUGAUCCCAACAAGUUAAUGGGUUCGAAUCGUGACUUCUUGUCGCGACUCAUUAACUCCGCUAAUCCCACACAUCACAAUCAUCACGGCUCGAAUACGCGAGAGGAGGAUGAGAACACAUCCUUCUUGGAUGUGGUGGAAUCGAAUAAUGCAGCAGCUGCUGCCGCGGCCGCCGCCGCUGCUGCUGCAGCCAAUAAUCAGAUGUCACAAUUCCAUCACCACAGUGGCCAAAAUAAUGAGGCGGCCAAUAAUGCUGCUGCCUCAGUGGCAUCCAAUAAUGGCAAUGGCACCGGUUUAACAGGUGCUGCUGGCGGCGGAGGUCACACCGGCAACAACAGUCAGGAUGAUACCGAUCAAAUGUCCAUGAAUUCCCUAACCCAAUCCCAAGCCUUUAUGAGUUCUUUUUACAACAAUGCAAAUGCAAGACUGAGCGGCACAGCCACCGGAUCCUCUUCCUCGGCCAGUAUGCUGGUAGAGGCAGCCCUCAAUUCGGUCGGCAAUAUGAUCGACAAUGAUAACAAUGACAUGAAAGUCCCCACCGAGAGUAACAUCAACACCGACAGCCCCAUGAGUUCGCAUGUUGAUGCGGAACCGAAUCGGUUCGCCGGCUCCCACAACCCCAUGGACAACCUGGAGAGUGAAUUGAAAAUGAUGAAGAAUCUCAAUAACUUUCCGAUGCAAAUUCCACCACUGCCAAUGUUUCCGAAUGCCGGCAAUAAUCUCAACUCCUGUGACAUAUCGCCAAGUGCUUCGACACCAACGAAUCCGCGUAGUAAUCAAAAUGAUGUAGAUGUAGAUGCCGGGUCAACGCCCCGGGGGCAGCAUAUGGGCAACUCUUCAGUCAAUGAGGCGGAAGCAUUUCCAGCAGCGGCUCAACAUCGAACACCACCAACGCCACAACCCAUAUCACCGGGCCGAGAUUAUGGAAUGUUUGGUGGAGGUGGCGGGGGCAAUCAGCCUGGGUCGAAUGGUGGCACACCAGGUGGUCCUGGUACAGCGGGCAGCAAUAGCAGUGCCAAUAGUACCGGUGGUAAUAGUAGUAACAACAACAUAUCAGCAUCAUCUCCUCUACCUGCCGCUUUGGUACAUCGCCGUAAUGCUCCGAGUGUGGGUAGUGUCUAUCCCGAACAUGAACUUAUAUCGCCGGCAUCAUCUCCUUCCAUACCACGUUAUAAUUUCAAUAAUGGAGAUGUUAUGCGUCACAAACAGCGGUCGGAUUCGGAAACAGAUCGACGUCAUGUUUUGGCAACGGGGCAUCAUAAUCAUCAUCAUUUGUCCAGUGAUGAGGAGAAUAGUAUAAUGCCGCAAAAUAGUGUCGGUCAAGAUAUGCGCAUGAAAUUCCCCCAAACCCAAAUGGAUUUAAUGUAUUCGAAAUACGAAAGUCUGGCCAAUCAAACAGCUUUAAAAUACAACAAUCAAAAUAUGGACUCACCGUCGGAAUAUCGUAAUACCAAUUCAGCGGCCAGUGUUGCUGCCAGCUCUAAUGACAUUUCCGAUUUACAAGGCCUGGACAUGUCAUCGCGAUCCAAUGUCAGCGCCUCAAAUUAUCAUCACAAUUUCCAACUGCCCAGUAAUAGCUCAGCUAAUUUACCCGGUAUUGGUCGUUAUCAUCAUCACAUCUAUGAUAUACUCUCGGAACGAGAACAAAAUCAACAAUCCCAACAAAGUCAACAACAUCAUUCGGCGUCGACGGGUGCUUCAGCGGCUGCUCAACAUCAGCAACAAGAACACCCUAGCCAAUUGGCUAUGCAGCAACAUCAAUCGGCCAUGCACAGUAUGCUGUCCGAUCAACUGAAUGAACAGGAUCAUGAUCAGGCUACUUCGGUGGAUUUAAGUCGCACCGCAAAUUAUGUGGUCCCAUCACCACCACAAUUACCCUACAAUCAUCCACAUCAUGAUAUGCUGCGUAUGGCCUCAUUGGAUCUGACACCCAACACCAAUAUGUCGGUGGGCAACAAUCGUUCGUUCCUCUCAUCGCAAAUGCAACAUCAAAGUCGGGAAAGUUUAGAACAUCAUCGGUUGCUUUCAACCGUUGAACAGCAUCGUAUUUUGGCCGCAUCAAAUGCUGCCGAUCAACAUCGUUUGCUUGUCGAUCCCACAGCUCAUUUAUUGAUGGAACAAAACAAUCGUUUAUUGGGUGGACCGGAUCAAUCACGACUUCUCGGCGAAUCUGCACAAAAUCGUCAUAUGGCUGCCCGUGGUUUUGGUGCCUAUCAUCAAGUGGCAUCGAGUAAUUAUCAUCCGGGUGUUAGAGCCCCUGUGCUGCCAUCAGCAAAUCAUCAUGCUUCCAAUCCUUCGAAUUAUCAUCCAUUCCCGGCCUAUUAUUAGUUAAGGAUAUAAAUUCAGUUUGU